AAUUAGCAGUAGCCACCCACAGAUUAGGUUUAGAGUGCUCGGGGUGCUUAGCAGAGUGGGAACAGGCAAGGGUGUGCAAUCAUGGUGACAAUGUUAAUUUGAACUCCGGUUGUGUGUGCACGUAACACUGGCUGCAGAGCUGCACGGAGCUGUCUUAAAUCAUCAUGUUUACACAGUUUACACUGCUCAGGUCCAGCAUUUGCAUUUAUAUUGAAGCAUUUCUCGGUGUGUUUUUUUUUGUUGUAGUUUCUCCAAGCUGUGAUUUAAAGGUUGUUUUGUGUGGACAUGUGACUGCAGGAACCUGAAGUUCAGAGGGGAUUUGUGGACAGAGAGGUCGAGGGUUUGAUUCCUCAGAGAGGAGAUGAGAGCAUGUGCAUGUGAGUGAUCUUGAGCAAGGCAGCUGUUAAUGCCUCGGUGGAGUCCUGGUUGGCUUCCAGACAGCGCGUCGAUGGGAGAAGCAGCAUAUGUGUUCAGUCGACUUGGUGCGGACUGGAGGGAUGAGUGCUCUCCUCUCUGUCACCACUUCUUUUACGCUGAGAGCGGAUUUGUGGCGGACCCCGUCACGCAGCUGGGGAGGCUCUAGCCGUGUGCGCACUGGCUCAUCCGCCGUGGAGAGCUAGCAGCGAGGCGAGGACCCUCCUGACCAUCUCACAGGGUGGGGUUCACCGAGGAGCUCCGUCCCCGUGCGCCGCCACGCCCCCGCGCUUGGCGCUGUCCGGUGCUCUGGUGCUGAACGCUGGGUACGAACACAGCCAACAGCCUGCAGCGCUGUGGACUGCCUGCACGCAGCCGUGCUGCAUGGAGCCAAGAGACGGACCUCCCGGGAUGAAACAGCUCUAAGUUCACGGGGUCUCCUGGAAGGAUCGUGUCGUGGAUCACCAUGAAGGGAAUGUUUCUCAAGUGUUUUUAUUGUCUUUUUUAAUGAUUUUUUCUGCCAGCUUGGAGGGACGUAACUUACCACCAACAUGAUUUGGUGUUUUUUGUUAUGCUGCCUUCUGAUGCCGGCCGCUGGAUAUCCAACACAGCGGCGCCUGCCUUUCUUUCACGGGCAUGUUUUUGAGAACUCCCCGGCAGCUUCCAAAGUGAACGGACUGAGCGUUCCGGUGCGGCGCAUCAACGCGCAAAAAUGGUGCCCAGUCUCCGGGAUGCACUUCAAACUGUACGGGAACGGCAGCGAAGAUUUCCGCGCCUUCGCCCACCACAAGCGGGGGAAUCUACUGCUAAAAACUUCCCGGGUCUUGGACCGAGAGGCUCGCUCAGAAUACCUGCUGAGCGUGGCUCUGUGCUGCCGGACCUGCGGGUCGGCGGCGGCCGCCUUCGAGGUGGCGUCGGUGAAAGUGGACGUUCUGGACACCAACGACCACCAGCCGACUUUUCGCAGUGCAGACACCGUUCACAUAACUUUAGAUGACACCACCGCUCUCCGCAGCGUGGUGUACAGGCUGGAGGCUGUCGACGCAGACAGCGGCAACAACGCAGAGUUGACAUACAUCUCCAUCCCCAAAAACGGCAGUUUCUAUGUUGUCCCGAAAACGGGCGAAGUUUUGCUGGUUGACUCCCUCCUGGGGCUCCCAUCUAAAGUCAAAUUCCAUGUUUUUGCCAGAGACCACGGAUGGCCCCCUCUGACCAGUAAAGGUGUAGUGGUGACUAUUGCGCCACAGCGGUGGGCGACGCGUCCUGCCGAGUUAUCGGGGUCAGGCAGGGCAGGACGCUCCCCGAGGGCUUUACUGGACCCCGGCACCGUGGUGUCCCUCAACGUGUCUGAAGAUGCCAGCAUCGGCUCGGUCAUAACGAGCCUGAGUCCCACCAGGUUUCAGUCAGCCGCCUACGAGCUGAUCUACCCGGAGUCGGAGAGCUCCCCGGUGAGCGUGGGGCGCGACAGUGGAGAUAUCACCAUAACCAGGAGGCUGGACAGGGAGACAGAGCCUGCUGUGGAGCUCUCUGUUAAGAUUCAGGAUAAACGAGGCCCAGACUGGUACCUGAACAAGGUGAAGCUGAAGAUCACCGAUGUCAAUGACAACGUCCCUGAGUGGAGUAUGAAUCCGUACCCGUACCUGGCUGUGGUUUCCCCCGAGGCCCCUGCGGGAACGCUCGUCUACCGGCUCCAGGCCCACGACGGGGAUGAAGGCAAGAGCGGAGAGGUGGAGUACUUCCUGUCAGACGGCGGCGACGGCUGCUUUGCAGUGGAGAAGAAGACCGGCCAGGUGGUGACCACGGGGCUGGUGCUUCAGAGGGACAGAGAGUACUUGUUAAGCGUGGUGGCUCUCGAUGGUCUGGGCAGCCGCAGUGCCCCCGCCAUGCUCUCCGUGGUGGCGGGAGCCAGAGCGCCGCAGUUCACCAACGCCAGCUACGCCAUUUCCAUACCAGAGAACACACCUGAAGGACAGCCCUUCCUGGUGGUUUUUGCCAUUUCCUUCCAGAAGCAGCCGGUCAGCUACAGCCUGCUGAUUAAUCCCAGCAGCCUUUUCAGCAUCCGGCAGGAGACGGGGGAGAUCAGUCUGACCAGGACGCUGGAUUAUGAGAGCGACCAGCGACGCUACCUGCUGAUGGUGCGAGCGAGCGAGGAGCCCGGCAGCCUCAGCUCUGCCACAGAGGUUCAGGUGCUGAUAACGGAUGAAAAUGAUUGUGUCCCAGAGUUCCUCCAGUCCAUCUACAGUGUAGAUGGAGUUCCUGAGACUGUAACCACCGCCACGUCCCUGCUGCAGGUGCUGGCCACGGACUGUGACUCCGGGUUAAACGCUGAGCUCACCUAUUACACCCUGAGCCCGGAUUUCAGCAUUUCACCACAUGGGACCGUUUUCCCUGCCGGCCGACUCGACUACGAGAGACCCAACCAUCUGUAUGAGUUUGUGGUGAUGGCGAUGGACAGCGGCGACGAGCCUCACUCGGGCACCGCCACAGUUCGCGUGAGGAUGGCAAACAUCAACGAUGAAGCCCCUGAAUUCUCCCAGCCCGUAUAUCGAACGUUUGUUUCCGAGGACGCCGGCCCCAACACCCUCGUCGCCACAGUUCUGGCCAAGGACCCAGACGGUGACGGUAUAAUCUACUCCAUAACUGCGGGAAACGAGGAGGGAAACUUUGUCAUCGACAGCCAGAAAGGGUUGAUUCGUCUCCGCUCCACUCCCCUGCCCAAGCUUCAAGGUCUGGAGUACGUCUUGAAUGUAACGGCGACGGACGACAAUGCGUCAGGUGGGCCGCACUCUCUCUCCACCACCGCACGGGUCAUCGUCGGAGUUGACGACGUCAACAACAACAAACCCGUGUUUGAGCAGUGCCAGCAAUAUCGUGAGCAGGCUUCAGUGCUGGAGAACCAGCCAACGGGGACUUUUGUGUUGCAAGUGCAUGCCGUGGAUGCAGAUGAGGGAGCAAAUGGAAAAGUCAAAUACGGCUUAAUGCACAGAGACAGCGCCGUGCCCGCCUUCAGAAUUCAUCCAGACACAGGAGUGAUUGUGACAGCCCACCGGUUCGACAGGGAGCGGCAGCGAGAGUAUUCAAUUACAGUAACGGCCACUGAUUGGGCGGAGGAGCCGCUCAUAGGCAUCUGCCAGCUCACCAUCCAAAUACUGGACCAGAAUGAUAAUAGCCCCAAGUUUGAGAAUCUGCGCUAUGAGUACUUCCUGAGAGAAGACACUUUGGUCGGUACCAGUUUCCUUCGCGUGGCGGCUCACGAUGAUGACUUUGGCACAAAUGCAGCUAUCGCUUACUCCAUGUCCCUGGAGCCGCCCGAGUACCUGCGGGUCAACCCUGUCACAGGAUGGGUCUACGUUAACCAGCCCAUAUCACAGAGGACCUAUAUAACGCGGGACAUCAUUGCGACCGACGGGGGAAACCGAAGCACUUCUGUGGAGCUGUCAGUCACGAUUACCAACGUGAAGAACCAGCCUCCGCAGUGGGAGACGGAGAGCUACAGCGUCGUCAUCCCUGAAAACACUGCCAGGGAUACACCCAUCGUGACAAUCAAGGCGACAUCUCAGCUGGGUGACCCAAGGGUGACGUACAACCUGGAGGAUGGGAUGGUCCCCGAAACCAACAUGCCAGUUCGUUUCUACCUCUCCCCGAACCGCGAAGACGGCUCCGCGUCCAUUCUGGUGUCCGAGCCGCUGGACUACGAGACUACGCCCUUUUUCUAUCUCCGGGUUCGAGCUCAAAAUGUUGCUGCAGUGCCUCUCGCUGCUUUCACUACAGUUUAUAUCAACGUAACAGAUGUCAAUGACAACGUGCCCUUUUUUACCUCCUCCAUCUACGAGGCGUCGGUAACGGAGGGAGCCCAGAUCGGCACUUCGGUUCUACAGGUGUCGGCCCAUGACAAAGAUCUUGGUCUGAACGGAGAGAUCACGUACUCUCUGCUGAGUGACAGCAGCGGCGACCAUCAUCUGUUCCGCAUUGACCCGGAUCACGGGAUCGUCUACACAGAAGCUGUGUUCGAUCGAGAGGCCCGCAGCUCCUAUUUGCUGGAGGUUCAGUCGGAAGACGGGCAGGAGUCAGCGCGACCUGGCAAGAACAAGAAGCCCAACUCAGACACAGCGUAUGUGAGGGUUUUCAUCAGCGACGUCAACGACAACAAACCAGUCUUUGCUCAGCGGCUGUAUGAAGUCGGCGUCGACGAGAAUGCAGAUGUGGGCCUGGCCGUUGUCACCGUUAGCGCUAAUGACGAGGAUGAAGGAGCCAAUGCCAAGCUGCGCUACCAGAUUACUUCUGGCAACAAAGGUGGUGUUUUUGACAUCGAGCCAGAGGUGGGGACAAUCUUCAUUGCCCAGCCACUGGACUAUGAGCAGCAGAAGAGAUACAAGCUCCUGGUCCUGGCCUCAGACGGGAAGUGGGAGGACUACGCGGCUGUGGUGGUUACUGUGGUUAAUAAGAACGACGAGGCGCCUGUGUUCUCCAUGAAUGAGUACUAUGGAUCGGUCACAGAGGAGCUCGACGGGUCGCCGGUGUUUGUACUGCAGGUGACGGCGACAGACCCAGACAAAGAUGCCGACCAGGGCGCCAUACGGUACUCCAUCCACGGCCAAGGGGCAGAGUCACACUUCGUGAUCAACGACAUCACGGGGGAGAUGUACGCCCAGCGCACCAUGGACCGAGAGGAGCGGGCCGUCUGGCGUUUCGUUGUCAUGGCAACGGACGAAGAGGGUGAGGGUCUCACCGGCUUCACGGACGUCAUCAUCAACGUGUGGGACAUCAACGACAACGCUCCCACCUUCACGUGCGCGCCCGACAACUGCCUCAGCAGCGUGGAGGAGAACUCGCCUCCCGGAACGUUUGUUGCGGAAAUGACGGCGUUAGACCUCGACGAUGCCGCCGUGGGCCAGAACGCAAUCCUCACCUACCGGAUUACUGAGAAUGCACAAAACACAAACAACGCAGACCUUUUUACUAUCGAUUCCAGCACUGGCACCAUCUCUGUGGCAGCAGAGGGUUUGGACCGGGAGUUAGCUGAAAGCCACCAUCUGGUCGUAGAGGCCCGGGACGGCGGGGGCAUGACGGGGACAGCUACCGCAACUGUAAUGGUAACUGACAUCAACGACCACGUGCCGAAGUUUAGAGAGGACUGGUGCGGCGCUCGUGUUUCUGAGAGCACUGACGAAGAUGCUCCUGUCCUGGAGCUGAGCGCCGAGGACCCUGACGGCAGCACGUACGGACAGCUGGCCUUCAGCGUGGUGGCGGGAGAUCCAGAGCAGCAGUUCUACAUCGUGAGCCACAGACAGGAGCAGACGGGCACUCUGAGGCUGAAGAGGAAACUGGAUUUUGAGAAGCCAGCAGAGCAGCGCUUUAACCUCACCAUCAAGGUGGAGGACUCGGACUUCUCCAGCCUCAUCCACUGUUUGGUUCAAGUGGAGGACGAGAACGACAAUGCUCCCUCGUUUGACCCCAGCUCCCAUCUCCUCCCCCCGUUAUCUGAGGACAUAACCGUUGGCACCAGCAUCAUUCAGGUGUCAGCCGCUGACCCUGACUCAGGCCUGAAUGGAGAAAUUCUGUACAGCAUUCUCCCUCAGUCUGACCAAUAUGGACAUUUUGCAGUCAGCCGAGCCGGCGUGGUCACAGUUGCCAGGCGGCUUGAUCGGGAGACGGUGGCAGGUUAUGAACUGGUCGUCAUGGCGACAGACCGGGGUACCCCGGCGCUGACUGGCAGUGUUACGGUCCACUUGUCGCUGCUUGACGUGAAUGACAACGGGCCAGAGCUGGAGACGGCCUACGCUCCUGUGUUGUGGGAAAACAGUCCGGCACCUCAAGUGGUUUGGCUCAACGGGAGCUCAGCUCUGCUUCAUGUUGUGGACAGAGACUCCCCAGAGCACGGGCCUCCAUUCCUGCUCUCUCUGCCUCCACAUCACUCUGUCGACUUCCACCUCCAGGAUCACGGGAACGGCUCUGCCACGCUCACCGCCCUGCGGAGGUUCGACAGGGAGAGACAGACGGAGAUACGUUUGCCGGUGAUUAUGAUCGACAGCGGCGAUCCGCCAAUGACAGCCACAAACACUCUCACCAUCACUGUCGGCGACCAGAAUGAUAACGCCCAUCAGGCGGGAGAGAAAGAUGUCUAUGUGCAUAGCCGCAAGGGAAGGAUGGCGAAUGCGGCGCUGGGGAAGGUGUAUGCCCCAGAUCCUGAUGACUGGGACAACAAGACCUACACUCUGGAGACAAGCGCAGCCAAGUACUUCAGUCUGAACCAGAGCUCAGGACUGCUGACCGCCCGACAGAACAUCCCUGCGGGCAGCUACUGGUUGAGGGUCGGGGUGUCUGAUGGGGUUUGGCCCGACGUGAUCUCGGGGGUCAGAGUUCACGUCAGGGACCUGGUGGAAAAGGCCAUCCUGUCGUCCGCCUCGCUGCGUUUGACCGGCAUUACAGCGAGAGAUUUUAUCGACUCUCAUGUCGAGGGGAAGAGUCGGCUGGAGACGUUCUGGGACUUCCUGUCUGAAACGCUGUCCGUCAGAACGGGGAGCGUCAACGUUUUCAGCGUAGCAGACAGAGAGGAGAACACAGUGGACAUCCAUUUCUAUGUGCAAACUGAUAAUGGCUACCUACGCCCAGAGAAACUGCACGCUGUCCUCGCCGCACAUAAAAAGAAGCUGCAGUCGCUGCUGCGUCUGAAUGUCAGCCAGGUGCAGGUAGAUGAGUGUGUGCGUACAGACUGCAAGACAUCCGGCGGCUGCUCCACACAGUUAAGCAUCAGCGACUCGCCCACCCUGGUAGACUCAGGUGCUUUAUCCCUGGUGUCAGUGAAGGUGACAUCCUCGGCUGUGUGUGGCUGCGCUGCCAGGGAAAUGACCCACCAGCCCUGCUCCUCCUACCCCAGUAACCCCUGCCUUAAUGGGGGAACCUGCGUCGACACCCAGAAUGGAUACAGGUGCCACUGCCCCCCACAGCUUGAUGGGCCAGACUGUCAGCAGACCAGACUUCGUUUCCUUGGCAACGGCUAUGCCUGGUUUCCCCCCAUAAGGCCGUGCUUUGAUAGCCAUCUUUCACUGGAGUUUAUGACAGAGGAAGACGACGGGCUGCUGCUGUACGCCGGCCCGCUGGCCACUCUGCAGUCUGGGGAGGCUGAGGACUACAUGGCCAUAGAGCUGAUUGGUGGGACACCCAGUCUGAAAAUUAACCACGGUUCUGGGACUCUGGUCCUCCAGUUAACAAAUAAUAUUGGGGUCGCUGACAGACGCUGGCAUCGCCUUGACGUGAGGAGCAACAAUAAAGAAGUGCGCUUCACCCUCGAUCGAUGUUCCAGCGCGAUUAUCAUGGAGACGGAAGGCGUGGACUCAUGGGCGAUGACAGAGGACCGUUCAUCCUGUGAAAUCCGAGGGGUCACACCCAACAGGGACAAGUAUCUAAAUGGAAGUCAUGUCAUGCAGCUCGGAGGGGUCAAUGAGAACAUAUCGUACGAAUACCCGCAGCUGCAGCACAAACACUAUACUGGCUGUUUGAGGAACCUGCGUGUGGACACCAAGCUCUACGACCUCGGUUCUCCAGCCGAGUCCUCCAACACGUCACCCGGCUGCGCUCCUGUUGAUGACCGCUGCAGCAGCGCGGAGCAGCUUCCCUCCUGUGGAAAGAGGGGGCGCUGUCACAGCAGCCGGGGCUCCUUCAGCUGCCUGUGCGAACCGGGAUUUACAGGGCCUUCGUGUGAUCAAGCGGCUCCAGAGUUCUCCUUCGACGGCCGGAGUCACAUUCAGUUCCAGCUCUUGUGGUCGCUGCCUGCGCGCCAGACGAGAGUCCAGGUCGGGCUUCGGACACGUGCCGCCGCCGGUGUCAUCCUCAGCCUGCUUUCUCAGGAGCAGAAUGAAUACCUGCGCUUGGAGGUUAUUCAGGGUCUGCUGGCUGUUUUCUACAACCUCGGGGACGGAGACUACAACCUGACACUGCUCCACCACCGCCUCGAUGAUGGAGAGUGGCACGAGGUGGAGCUGGAUCGGUACGGCAGAGAGUUCACCCUGCGGCUAGACGGAGGCGGAGGGAGACGAGAGGUCACCGCCUCUCUGGGGCAGAGUCAAGAGAUCAUUAUUGACCCCUCCGCCGUGAUGCUUGGAAACUCUUUCCCCUCGGGACACAACCGCAGCUUCCUCGGUUGUUUGCGAGAUGUGAGGUUUAACGGCCGCUCCGUUCCUCUGGAUGGCGAGCAGCCCUCGGAGGGGCUACAGGUGGUCACGUUGCAGGGCGUCUCCAGCGGCUGCUCCUCAGAUGCCUGCAGGAGGCACCACUGCUCCCCUCCGCUGGUCUGCGUGGACCUCUGGAGACACCACGAGUGCAGGUGUCCUCCGGGCCACAUGACCAAAGAGAGCUCUCUGGGUAAAGUGUGCGUCUACACGCUGUGCGCCAGCCGGCCUUGCCGCCACGGCACCUGCGUGGCCCACUCUCCGUCUCGAUACUCGUGCCGCUGCAGCGAGGGCUACCGAGGACGCCACUGCGAGGUGACGCUCGCCAUGUUUCACAACGAGGACAACAACAGCCUCAGCCUCAGCUCCAUGUUCGCCAUCAGCAUCUGCGUCAUGGCGUUUCUAGUGUUGAUGCUGGGCCUGUUUCUCUACUCCUGCUGGAGGAGACACAAAGGUCUGAAGGAGGGCGUCUACCACGUGUCGGCGCACCACGGCGAGUGGGAGGACAUCCGGGAAAACGUGCUCAACUACGACGAGGAAGGCGGAGGCGAGCAGGACCAGAAUGCCUUUAACAUGGUGGAGCUGCAGCGCUCCCUUCAGCCCAGCCCGGCGCAGUCUCUCCGGUACAGCUACCCGCAGAGCAUCAUCUCCUGCCCGCAGACCAAGCCUCCCCAGGACGGCAACAAGAAGGGGCUGUCCAAUGGGAAUGGCAGCGCAGCCAUCGCCCUGCGUCUGGCCAUCCCCCCCUCGGAGACAGAAACCUUGCCGUCCCCUUUGACCUUCCGCCGCUCUCAAAAAACCCUCUCCUUCUCCAGCCAGGACUUGGCCCGCUACCUGUGCGAGGUCAUCAGGGACAUGGAGCACCCGGGGGAGCUCAGCACCAUGACCACACCGCGCCGCACCUCCGGAAAGGAGCGCGGCAUGGCGGCGGUGCGCUCCCUCAGCUCCCUCAGUGCAUCUCAGGGUUCAGAAGUCAGACUUCAAGCAGCCCAGAGCUCCCGGCUGGACAGGUUCAAAACCCUCCGAGCCGUGGUGAGCGAUUUGAGAGGAGACUCCAAGACUCCUGAGGGCCAGAAAGACAAACUGAAGGAGAGCAGAGGGCAUGUGAACUGCGAGAAGAGCGGGUGAGGCUGCACUCGGAGAAACAGAACUGAAGGUUGCAGAAAAGCAACGCUAAUCAGAAGGCGGUGGUGGAAUUCCAAGGGGAGAUAAUUAAAUGUGAAAUACUCUGAGACUGGGAGGUUGCCCAGGGUCUAUGUGAAGUCUGCUAUAAAUGUACUGUAUUGAUGAAACUUUGAACACUUAAGUUCUUUGAUAUAAAACAUGUUUACCAAUGAAUGAUCAGAUGUGAUGUAUUGUUUACUUGGCAUUGCACUGUACAGUAUUCACUCCACGGAGAGCACUUUUCGACAAAAAAAAGGCGCCCUGUGCAGAAAAAAAAAAACAAUUCAUGUCAUGAAACUCACCAGAGAAAUGUCUGCGAGCGAGACGGCAAACGAGUUUCCUUGUGGGAGAACUGGAUUCCCUUUUUUUGCUGUUAAUGACUCAUGAAAUCGUUUAUGUGACAAAAUGAUUUUUGUUUCAUUUGUAUUAUCUAUUUCCUUUUAAAUAAAUGAUUAUCUUUGAUAA